UCUGGUUGUGGCUCAGAUGUGCAGGUGGUGACAGGAUCCACACGGCCAAGACAGGCAGACCACACCAAACUCAGCCAGGGGAAGAUCAAGCUUGGAAAGCAACCAUGAGUGCAAGAAGUCUUUUCAUAGACACCGCCAAGAAGCUGGUGACCUCCCCAGAUGCCAGACAAUUCAUUGGGAAUGUCAGUGAUUUUCUUGUGGACCAACUGGGCCCAGAGUAUGCCAGCCUCCUGGUGACUGAAGACCAAAUCUGGGAGGUGUUUGUGGCUGCGGUUGGACUGUCCAGGUCACUGGCCCAGAGGCCAGUCAUCUCUGGAGACUCGCCGUGGGGCACAGAGAACAAAGACUUCUUUAAGUUUGUCAUUGACAAUCUCCAGGAUCCAGCAAACUGGGACUACCUGCAGCUCCUGCUGACUGAAGAUGAUGCCUGGGAAGAGUUUAUGACGGGGGCUGUGUUGUCCAGGUAUGAAGGUGUUGCGCUCCGCAAAGCUCUGGAGCAGCUGGCGGCAGAUGCGGCCAUGGAGGACACGGACAGGCUGUGUACAGAGCUGCAGGAUAGGAAAAGCUUUCUGGACACAUUUCCUCAGGUGAAAAUGGAGCUCGAGGAGCAAAUAAGAAAGCUUCGUGAGCUUGCAGACAAGGCGGACAAGGUGCAGAGGGACUGCGCCAUCUCCCGUGUGGUGGCCAGCUCCACCAGCGCUGCCUCUGGAGUCCUGAGGAUCCUCAGCCUGGCUGUGGCCCCGGUGACACUAGGGGGCCUUGAGACGCUCCUAGUCUCGGGGCUGGGGCUGGAGGCGGUGUCCACUCUGACCAGUGCUGCCUCUAGCCUUGUGGGAGGCGUGAGGAAGUGGUCUGUGGAAGCCGAAGCCACUCACCUGCUUUCAACCAGCAUGGACAAAGGGAAGACAGUGAAGGAGGUUUUGACCGAGACCACACCCAAAGUUGCUGCUUUAGGCAAGAAGUACUUCCAAGACCUGCCACACCUUCAGAAGAACAUUGAAGCCAUAAGGCUGGCCAAAGCCAACCCUCGCUUAGCGGCCAGUGCCCGGACUCUCAUGACCGCGGGGACCAUCUCAGCCCGAAGCACUAAGCAGGUGCAGAAAGUCUUUGGAGGAACCAUUCUGGCAAUGACCAAAGGAGCCCGGAUGAUGGGUGCCGCCACUGCAGGUGUCUUCCUUCUGAUGGAUGUCGUCAACCUCGUGAAAGAGUCAAAGCGUUUGUUCCAGGGCCCAAAGACGGAGUCCGCUGAAAAGCUGCGGCAGGAGGCUCUGGAGCUGGAGAAGAAGUUGGAGGAGCUCAUGCAGAUUCACGAGAGAGUGCUGUCGGAUGUGAGUUGGAUGCCCUCUUUAGAGCGGCAGAGAGAAUCCAGCAUGGAGAAGUUCACGUGCAUCCAACAACUGGUAGCCUAUGAUGAGUUUAUUGAUUAA